AUGGAUUCUGAAGAUAAUCCUUUUUCUUCUGCUCCCAGACGUCCACCAAUCCGUACUAUCAUCAAAGAAACCAUUAUUCUUGCUAAAUUUCUGCCGAAUCGUAUCGAACAUAUCGACUCUACUAGAAGACCAAAUAACGGCGUUUCGUUUCGCAGUAAAAUAAUCCUGAAUCACGUCUACAACACCAUGAUCUAUUAUUCUCACAUUCCUCGUCUCACCGGAGAUAAUUUCGAUUUCUUGGUUCGAUACUUGGGAGAGGAAAGUAGCAAAGUAAAAAGCUAUCUCGAGAACAAACGGAACAGAACUCCAGUGUCUGAUAGAAAUCUCCGAGAUCCAAAUCUUCUGAAAUCGAGAAACUCUCGUGAAGACAUUUCGCGAAUUGUCCACAGAGCUAUCAAUAUGUUUUCUGGAAGUGAUUACAGACGACUCUUCAACUACAUCCACCAUCAUAUCCAAGAAUACGGAGGUUUCAUCAACACCGAAGACGCUUUGAAGCUGAGUGAGCACACUGGAAAAUCUAGAAAAAAGAUAAGCUCUUACUUCUCACGUGUUCGAAACUUGCUGCCGACGAAGAGUCCAUCAACGAAGUCAUCUGGAUCUAUUGAACAAGUGGAAUCAAAUGAAGAUUCUGAAGAUGACUUGGCACCGGUGGUAGAGGAAACUAUUGGAAGAAUUGAGGAGACUAUCAAUGAUGUUGUGAAUAACACAUCGAUAACCACUUACUUAUGCCUCCAAUGA